GUUUGACCCGCGCGACCUUUGACCUUUGACCUGCCACAAGUACGUGGGAGGCCUACCGGUUCAUUUCCGCAGCUUUCGGUGCUGAAAUCCCACAUCCGUCUGCGUGCAUCACACCCUCGGAAUGCAGCUAAGCAGGUGAACUGCGGCGGCGUGGAAUGUUUGCCCAGCCGUCGCCGCUUUUUCCUUUUCGGCCAGAACAAAAGAAACUCAACGGUGCGGCCGCUUUCUUGGAAUUGACCGCCGGUCCGCGGACGGCACCGCAGCCGACGGACUCAUCAAAGACGGCGACGGCCGACAGGAAGCGCUUCGACCCAACACGCUCGAGACUUGUUGGACCUUCGCCGUCGAGAGCCUCAAGUAAUCUGGACUACCCGCCAAGUGCCCCACGCCUAAGGGGGGGCAAAACAGCACACUGAGCGUGGAGGCGCUCCUGAUGAAUACUUUUCCCGCGGGUUCCAAAGUCACGUUGGUGUGUCGCAACGGCUUCCAAAAAGCGUCGGGCUCGGACGUCAUCAGUUGCCGCGGCGGCGCCUGGACCCCCGUUGAGCUCGUCUGCAAAAAGAUGGACUGCGGUGUCCCCGAAGCUAAACCGCACAUGGAGUUCAACACCAGCGGGGGCACCCUCUUCGGCGCCGUCGUGGUAGUCACCUGCCAAAAAGGUUACCAGAUUAACGGCCCCAGCUACAAGCAGUGCUACACGUCGGGCUGGAGCGGGACAGUCGACUGCCACGUUAAAACCUGCAGCCACCCCCCAGAGGUGACCAACGGCAACAACUCGUGGCAUUCCCAAAAAGCGCCAACGUACGGCCAGGCCGUCCGGUACCACUGCGACGAAGGCUACGCGCUCGCCGGCAACGACACCAUCCAAUGCGACGAGACGGGUCAAUACGACUCUCCGCCUCCUGAAUGCAAAGCGCCAGCGAGUCCGUCGACCACGGCGGCAGCCGCUGACCGAGAUAAUAUUAUCACGGGCGGUGCAGAAGUCACCACUCGGCGAGAUGGCGGCCGCGCCUGGACGACGACGGCGGCGAGCGAUGCGCCGCCAUGGCCGACGUCCGUUUUUCAAGGAGCGCACGACGUGACCGUGGACGGCGGCAGGGAUAUUUAUUACGUCCCAGUCAUAAUCAUCGUGAUCGGCGUCUCGUUAGUGGCGUGCACGGGGGUGCUCUGUCUGCAUCUGUGUCAUCUCCGGCGAAAAGGGUCGUAUGACACCAGAGAGGACGCCAAGCCCCAGUUUUUAAUUUUUCAAAACGUCUAGAAGUCCAUCCUGACUAAAAGUUGGAAGAAUGCCUAUCUGCCGAAGAGCAUCUGGGAAGCCAGGAAGGAUGUGCCAACACACUGGAGCAGUUCCUGUGAAGGGAAUCGAGGGAAAAACGGAAAAAAGAAAAAAAAAAAAAAAAGGGACUUUAAUAAUUUAUGUAUUGCACUUCCACUGGCGGGCCGCUCUGUUGAGUCAGAGUGUCGCCGGUCCAAUUUCUCCCAUUUUUGUAACCUUUAUCACACAGUUGUAAAUAUUCCUUGUCACCCAAGUAUUUUUAUUGUAUGUAUUCCUAACUGGAAUAAACGUUUUGAUGGUCCCAAAU